AUGUCGUCCGAGGGCAAGCAUCCGAACGUGAACUACAUUCUUGACUCCGGUCCUGCCGAGAUCAAACGACUCUCUGAGCAGCACUUUUUCAUCAAAGCCCUCUUCGACAACCCCGACCUCUUACCCGCCGCGGUCGACCGUUCGAAGAUACGCCGUGUACUUGACGCUGCCGCCGGGACAACAGCAUGGGCACUCGACCUCUCAGACCAAUCCUUCGCCUCUAAAUACGAAAUAUAUGCGUCUGACAUCACGCUAUCGAAGUUUCCGCCGGGUGAAGUCUUGCAGAGGGCACGUAUCAGGACGUUCCAGCAGGACCUGACGGAGCCGUUCGCAGAGGACAUGAAGAACACUUUUGAUCUGGUGCAUAUGUCUGCGCUUGUGUUCGCUCUGACGGAGGAGGGGUGGAAGAGGAUGUUGAGGAACGUGUAUGAUGUGCUGGCGCCAGGGGGGUAUCUUGUUAUGGCGGACUCGGACCUGCUACUCUAUACGGCAGACGAGCCUCCCCCGCAAGAUGGGAUACCGCACGACGUCGAGGCGCGCAGGAGUGGACCGAGUACCAUUCACAGUAUCAACAACAUCAUGGCCGGCCUUGCGCUCGAACGAGGCUUCGUGAUAGGUCUCUCGUAUCGCCUCACAGAGAUGCUCUCCGAAGCCGGCUUCACCGUCCUCUCUCGCCAACGCGCCCUAGUCCCCAACGGUGCACUGCUCGAGUUGCAGCCUAGCGUGCGCGGCAACUCCCUCGCGCAUUUCCGGAAACCCGCGGCAGAGAACGGCUUCACGACAUUGGACACCGUUACGAGCGUACUCCUAAACAAGGGCGAACUGGAAGCGCCGAGAGGCGUGGCUAUCCGGGAUGAAGAUGGACGGUCGAAGUUCAUGGAUGAUGCGAAACGGGCUAUGAACGAAGGGAUGCUUGUUGUAGCUUCGGAAUGGGUUGCUCAGAAACGCGAUCUCAACGGAAGCUAG